GGUGCGGACUUGUUCGAAGUCAACCCGGAAACAAAAGAAGCCCAGUGUAACAUCUGCAAGACCAUCAACAAAUCUCGUCGAAAUUUUUCUUACAAGCGCCACUACCUGAAUUUUCACCGGAAAGAAGCCAUCGAACUCGGAUUGAUCAACGAAGAAGACGCCAUUGGACCGGAACCAAAAGUUAAGAAGACGAAAGUACGGAUGGACCAAGCUACGUACGAAAAAUCGGUUGUCGAUCUGGUUUCCGUCCACGGGUUGUCGCUGCGAACCCUUAACAGCCCAGCCAUGCGUUGCCUAAUGAAUCCGUACGAAGAAGCUCUGAACAUUCCGGCCAUCAAUUCGGUUUCUGUAAAACCAAUGUUAUCGGACAUUGCCGGAGAGGUGAAAUCGAAGAUCAUCCGAGAAGUUACUGGUAAAUUCAUCUGUCUCAAGCUCGACAUUGCUACUCGUCUUGAUCGAGACAUGUUGGGCAUAAAUAUCCAGUUCAUGAAGCGAAAGAAGCAGGUUGUCCGAACUCUUGGCAUCAUCCAGCUCAAGCAGCGGCACACGGCGAAAGUUAUCAAAGAAGAGGUCAUGCGGGUGCUGCAAAACUACGGUAUUGAUUUGGAGUCGAUUUACUCAAUUACCACAGAUAAUGGGUCAAACAUGCUUCUUACAAGCGAGCUGAUUGAAUUAGACUUGGAUGAACUCCUUGAAGAGCUCCAUGAAGAAAGCUGUUCCGAGAGCGGGGACGAGGAUGGCGACGAAAAACCCCAAAGAGUCGAUGACGAAGACUUUGAUCGUACUGAUGAACUACGGAACAUAUUUUCGGCCGUCCGUUGUGCUGCACAUACGGCGCAAUUGGCCGUGCUGGACACCCUGAAGGAGACAAACAUGCGGAAACACAUCUCGGCGAUCAAGGCGUUUGUUAAGAAUCUACGAAAAAUGCCGUACAAAAAUUUACUCAAGAGUGACAAUAUCAACAAGCCGGUUCUUAGCUGCGACACGCGUUGGAACUCUGCUUACGCCAUGGCCAAAUCCCUCCAGGACAACAAGCAGUACAUCGCGAACAUGACCAAAAACGACAAGGUCUGCCAUUUAUCCGAGUCGGAGUGGGACUUUAUUGAAGCGUUUGUGCACGGCUUCAAACCGAUGGCGGUGUUGACUUAUGCUUUACAGGCAGAGCAGUUAACUCUGAGCGAUUUCUACAUCUUGUGGUUCCGAUGCAAGCUCGCGCUCAAAAAGCAGAACGAUACAAUGUCGUUGAAGCUCCUUCAAAAUAUGGAGAAAAGAGAGCCUUCUCUACUGAACAACAAGGCCGUGUUGGCCGCAGCAUACGUAGAUCAGCGAAUAAACUACAAGCAAAGUCCUAUUUUUGACGAUGAUCAAAGAGCAGCUGCGUUGCGCCAUCUGAAGCUCGUCCUGCGGCGAAUAAGUCUUAGAAAAGGAACCGACCAACCGCAAGGAGUUCCAAGGUCGAGUCAGUCAGUUAACUCUGACGAAGACCCUCUGGAAGAGUUCCUGGUUGACCACGAAAAUUCGUUCGAGCAGACGCAAUCUGGAUCAACACUUGAAAAACUCGAGAAUCUUUCACUGAAGCCUCGACUGAAGCUGACCGAAAACCAGAACAUAAUCGAAUACUGCUUUGAGGAAAUGGGCAAGGAUCAAGAAAUGUGGGAGCUUGUUUCAGUAGUUUUGUCCUCUCCGGCCACUCAAGUUUCUGUGGAGCGCUCGUUCAGCGCACUCGCUUUCAUUCUUUCUAAACUAAGGUCACGUUUAUCGGAGGAAACACUUCAUAACAUAUUAUUGAUUAGGCUCAACAAUGAGUUGCUUCACUGAAACCUCUUCUAUCAUGAUUUUUAUUCAUUCUGUUCACGUGUUAAAACAUUAUUUUCCAUUAUAUCGUUGAUUAAAAAAAGAAAAUACUUUAAUUGCCUUUCAAUUCAACGCUACAAAAAGAACUAUGAAGAUAAAUUCAAAUAAGCACGCGUGCGCACACGUGCUUAUCAUGUGUGAGUGCUUAUAUAAAAUAAGCACACUUCAAUUAGAAGGGUGUUUUGCAUUGCGGAAAGCUCUAAAAAUCAUGGGUGCUUUGUUUAGCAAAAAGCUCUACACCUAACAAAUCUGC